UCUCAGUGUAGUGAUCCAAAAACCGAAGAACACCGAUGUAAAUGAUGCCCUUUUUAAAUUGAUAUAUGUAUAAAAACUGGCAUAGCUAAACCUAGCUAAACAACCUAAUCAAGUUAUCUCUAUUUAUAAUCUGAGAUUUAUAAUGUUUGUUGCGAGAAUGUGUGAUGCAUUAUUACAAGCUACGUGGUGUAUCGAGCGAUAACCUACGAGAGACCAACAGACGGACGCUCGGGGUACAGUGCCUAGCGCACUAAUUGAUACUGUUCAUACCGUUCAUACAACUCUAGCGGCGUGCCAGAAGAUUGUUGAAUGGUCUUGGUUUUCCGGUUACGAAUACGUUAGGUACUGAAGAAAGCUACUGUGAGUGUACAAAUGUUAUCCCUUCAUUAGAAAUCAAACUAAUAACUUUACGGAUGGCAACAUUUGAAGUUACCUCGGAACUUUAUUCCGAGACAAAUUUCACAACAACGGAUACGGCCAAUGGAAAUAGCAUUUCUAAAUUUAUGUUCACGUAUCCAUGUAGAGACAAACAGUUAGAUGAUCAUGAAAAGAAUGGUAAAAAGGAUGUUUUAAAAAAAGAUUCAAGUAUGGUGUGCAACGAUGAUCUUUAUAAGCAAAGCAAAUAUUUGUGUUCGCAAAAAAACUCGAAAAGCGUGAAAAGUGGUGAUCGAGAGGACGAAAACCUUGAAAUGCCAAGUAAGAAUUGUUUCAUGAUCGAUAAAGAUGGUGAUUUACUUUUAGCAAGAAAACAACAAGGCGUGAUUGAAAUAGAGCAUCAAAAGUCAACGAAUCUCAGUCUAGUUGGACUACAAAUUUGGCGCGGGGCGCUGCUUCUUGCGGAUUACAUUCUGCAUAACGAGAAAAAAUUUAAAAAUAGAAAAAUUCUGGAGUUGGGAUCUGGCGUUGGAUUAACUAGCAUAGUAUCAAGUUUUUUUGCUCGUGAAGUUAUUUGUACCGAUAUAAAUGUUGGAGGCCUAUUAGAUCUUAUUCAAGCAAACAUUGCACGGAAUGCUUAUUUAUCAGAUCCAGAAUGCAAAGUGUCUGUUACAGAAUUAGAUUUUACAACUAAAUAUGAAGAUUAUUCUGAUGAUUUAAAAAACCAGCUGCAAGAUGUAGAAUACGUAAUAACUGCUGAUGUCAUAUACGAUGACACUAUUACGGAAGCAUUUGUCCUUACAUUGGAAAGUUUGUUACUUGAAUUGCCAAAACUUAAAAGCGUUUACAUAGCUUUGGAGAAACGCUAUGUGUUUACUCUAGAAGACAUGGAUUCAGUGGCGCCUAGUUACGAACAUUUUUUGAGAGUUUUUUAUAAAAGAAAUAAAAGAUUUGGUAUUACACGGUGGAAGCUCUCUCAAGUGUCUCUGAAUUUUCCGCGUUAUUUUGAAUACGAGAAAGUAAAAGAGCUUGUAUUGAUAAAAAUUUCUAACUGAUAGUUUGAUGUUAUGUGUUUUUAGAAUGUUAGUAUAGUUCUAUUAAAGACAAAAAAAAAGGUUCAAUUAUUCCAAUUAUUUUGUGGCUACACCACAGAGAAUGCUUGAUUCAAGGUUCGCUAUACCUAUAUGUUUUCAAACGAGAACCCAAAGCAGCGUGUCAUCUUUCAGAAUCGGCUAGUUCAGCUGUUCGCAGAUCAAUAUAGGAAAAGGUGUGCAAAGAGUAUGUACAGUUCUAGACAGAGCUGUACAUUUAAUCACGGCAAGGUGGAUUUGCUUCACGCCUUUACUAUGGCUGUACCACGGCAUGGUAAAUGUUUUACUCCCCCAGGCCCUUAUUCCCUGAGAUUGUUGGCUAUCCUAUAGGGCGCGUACUCC